AUGUCUGCUCCGCUCUAUUCUCCGAUCGACAUGCAUCACGGGAUCAGUCAUACUCCUCCUGGGUUUGAUACCGAACCUUCUUACCAAGUCAUUGAACCUGUCCCACUCUCAACUUACCGAGAAAACGAUUCUGACCAGCUCCACACCACUCAGCAGCAGGAGCACGACAACUUCUGGGAGAACGGUUUCAACAGUGAAGAUCCUGAGCCCUCUGAGGCCAAGGAAAACGGGAAGAGAAGUGUGGACAACAGCUCCUUCACUCAUGUUGAAACCGACCUCAACCAACUUCCAGCGAUCCCACCAGUUUUAACUGGUCAAGGCUUGCCGUACGCACCUGUUGAUUGGCCAAGUUUUGGUGAUGUUUGGACUUGGAGAGUCAGUAAGAGAGUGACUGCUACUGGCUACCAUCAUGAUAGAUUUCUGAUUCUCCCUCAAAGGCUUCAGCAAAAGAAUGCGCCAAAGUCUUUUGCAAGCAAACAAACUCUUGCUCGUUACAUCAAGUCCAAUUUCCCUGGUAUGGAUGUUGAUGCAUUCUUUGCGUCGUUUACCUGGAAGAUUCCUGCUCUCUUCCAAUCUGCUAACAAAGUUGAUACUGCGUCUCGUUUUGAGGAGACACCUAAGGAAGUAAAGACCGAAGCUGGACCGGAUCAUGAGAAUGGUAAAGAAGGAAACUCUCGAUACAGCCAGAGGAAAAGGACACCAGUACCAACACAGAUGUAUAAGCCUGAUGAACAUAAAGCUAAAGCAACUCCAAGAGGUAGCAGCAACAAGAAGAAAAAAGGAGCCACAACUCUUGCCACUGGACCAAAAUCAUCUAGGCAAUCUACUAGAAGAGCUUCUAACCAGCAGAGAAGUGGUGCUGUGGACUUGAACUACCUAAACGAGGAGGAAGGUGAGCUUACCACUGGACCAAACACUAGUGGCAGGAGAAAGAAACGAAGAGUUAACCUUGAGGAAGAAGAUGUUUCGAUUCCUCACAUAUAUGUCUCUCCAAUGAACGGUGUCCUCGCUGUUUCCCACGAGCCUAUUGAAGUUGACCCGAUAGAGUUUGACAGCUACCUGAACUCUCUAGAUAACCUUCUUUACCAAGGGCCAGAAGAAGGUGGGAGAGAUUCUUCUGUUGUUGUCAGUGCAAGCUCUCCAAUGAGAGAGUACGAAUGGGCUGAAGCUCGUAUGAAGAUCUCGUCUCUUCUAGAGAAGGACUUCCCUACUUUGUUUGCCUCGAAAGAUGCUGCAGAGAUAGCAGCAUUAGCAACUAAACUAAGGAAAGAUCCAAACCUUUCCGCUGAAGAGAUAGUGAGGUUGAAGCUUAUAGAAGAGAUUCCAACGUUCAGCGAAGUGUUUCAGGAGAACAAAGCAGUGAUUGAAGAAGCAGACAGGUUCUUCUCUGCGCUGGAGCUGAACAAAGCUAAAGUAGCGUCUCUUAAAUACGAAUACAGCGAUUUAAAGCACAAACUUGGGAGUAUUCAGAUGGAAGUAGACGAAAACUCAGAGGCUAUACGCCAGAUUGAUGAACAAAUCGCCCAGCUUCAAGCUAGGAGGGCUGAGUUGAAGAGGUACAUUGGGAGCAAGGAGAAAGAGAAGGUUGAUCUGAGCUAUGGACAGAAAAUGGUGGCGAACUCGAUUCCUAAAGUGGUGCAGGAAGUUCAAGCAGCUAACUCGAAGAAGCCAGAAUGGGAAUGUAAGAAAGAAAAUGCUCUUAAGCGUGAAGAAGAGAUCUUCUCUAAGUUCAAUCCUCUAAGAGGCUUCUUCCUCUAA